GUUGUUUUGUAAACUUUUACUCAGUGAAUGUGAAAAAGUAAUUUAGUGUAAAAAGGAAAAGCAGGAUCAUUUUCCUAUCAUUAUAAUAACCAGUUUAUUGUUGUAAACAUUGACUAAAAAGCACUACUACCUCUUCCGUCUGGUAUUAAACCAAAUUCUCCUUUAGAUUCUCCUUACGUAUGUGGGAUACUGUUGCGACAAUCUUAUUUCGAUUUCUUCAAGCCGCCAUGGAGUUCCCUGACCUCGGCGAGCACUGCCAGAAAGCAGGUUGCAACCAAACCGACUUCUUACCACUUCAGUGCAAGUGCGGCAAAGUACUAUGCCGAGUCCACUUUUUGGACCACUGCACGUCAAGCGAGUGUGAGUUGGCGCCUAAACCUAAGGAAGUCAACCUCAAAAGCGAUGACCAGAUUUUUAAAUGCUCCGAGAAGGGAUGCAGGAAGGGGAAUCUACAUGAAAUGCUAUGUGGAAAGUGCAAGAAACAUUACUGCAUAGAGCACAGAUUUCAUCCAACAUGUCCAGAAAUAGACGAUGAAACUAUGGCGGCGAAAAUUGAACAGUUCGAAGCCCCAAGAAAGCAGUUCCAGAUAGCCAACCAACAUCUACAGGAAACUAUAACAGAAAAUAUACGAAAAGCUCUACAAUCGUCUGCUAAGGUGAAGACUGCAUCAAAGAUUCACCUUAUGAGAAUCAAACAGAAAGCUGUCGGACCUAAGUCUGUCCCUGUCUCUGAUAGGGUCUAUUUUGCUAUCGGCAAACCUAAAAACAUGGAACCAAAGACUGUGAAGGUUAUUGACGAUGUCAAUAACUUGGUGAAAAUCGAUAAUCUUAACUUGGACCCAGACUUAAAGGGAGCUGUUGGGGUGUUCGUCAGCACAAAAUGGAGCUUAGGCAGAGCCAUAGAUAGCAUUUGUGACUCCUCUAACAUUACAAAUAAUAAUAACAGAAUGGAAAAAGUGAAAUUAAGACUUUUCCGACAGCUGGACGGGUACUGUAUCAGUCCUAUAAAAAUGGACGUGGAAAUUGGAGAUCUGAUGAAACAAGAAGUAUUGAUUGAAGGUGACAAACUCAUUAUCGAAUACAUUGAUACAAACAUUCUUAGAAAUUUGGACGAACAUGCUCAGAUAUUCUUAAGUUGACAUUUUGACCUCCAGCAUGAACGGCUGCUGUAAGGUAGCCUCCAAUUUUUCGUCGUCUUUAAAGGUAGGACAAAUGUUU